GCGGUAUUCGCCUUUUCUUUGAAGUUGGAACAAGUUUUUUUCUAAACUGAAAAAUUUGCGUCUUGAUCGGCUAUCAGUCAGAGAAAAGUUUUAUUCAAAUAUUAACAAUCGUUCGGCUCACAUGAGACUGCUUUCAUCAGAAGAAAUUAAGAGCUAUCUUUUGAGCUCCAAAUAUCGUCUGGCUCUCAAAGACAGAAGAGAACAAGUAGUAUUCAAUGCAUUGUGGAUGCAGCAAGGACGCAAAGACUAAGAGGUAGAAGAAUCCUGGAUAAAAUCUGGAUGCAGUGACACUGUGGAAGCAAAAAUGUCUCAAGUGGAGGCAUGUCACGAAGAAAAGCGUUUUUAUUGUUCCAUUUGCAAAAAGUCGUACGUCCGGCGGACUGCCUUUGUGUGCCAUAUGAGAAACCACACGGGAGAAUGCCCUUUUUCGUGUAAAUAUUGCAACAAAACAUUCAUCUGGAAAUUUUCUUGGCAACGUCACGUAAAAGCACACACGAAGAGAAACCUUUUCUUAUGCACAUACUGCAAAACAUCGUUUGUCACCGACAGCGCCCUCACGAUGCACUUGAAGAUCCACACGGGACAGUCUCCGUUUCUCUGUGAAUAUUGCAUGAAAACCUUCCAAUCAAAAGUCUCUCUGGAUCACCACUUGAAUAUCCAUACCGGGGAGAAGCCCUACAUGUGUAAAAUCUGCUGCAGGAGGUUUGCCGAGGCAUACGCCUUGAAAUCCCACAUGAACGUUCAUACAGGCGACAAACCUUUCCAGUGCUCUUGUUGCAAGAAAGCGUUUGUGGCCAAGAAAUCCCUUAGGCGCCAUCUGUUGACUCAUACUGGUGAGAAGAGUUUCUGUUGCGAGCAGUGCGGGAGGGCUUUUGCUGAUAAACCGACACUGAAGUGUCAUUUGAGGACUCAUACUGGGGAGAAGCCAUUUGCGUGCAAUCUUUGCCCAAAGGCUUAUUCCCACAGGAACCGCUUGAAAUCUCAUCUACGAAGCCACACCGGGGAAAAGCCUUAUGCCUGUGAUUACUGCGACAAGAAAUUCCGCGAGCGCGAUCUCCUCAAAGAACACUUGCACCACCACGGCAGGGAGAAACUCGUCUCUUGCCAACACUGUGAAAAGUCGUUUUCCAAAAACAAGAGCUUGGAGUACCAUUUGAGGCUACACACCAAGGAAAAUCUUUUUACAUGCGAAUACUGUCAAAAGCAUUACAAUCGAAAACAAACAUUGACGAGCCAUAUUAAAACUCACCACGGAGAGUUGCAAAUGCAUGAGACAAUGCACGCUAAAGGACGAGCUCUUUCAACUGAUCUGACAAGCCCUUUAGUUGGGGAAGCUCGUGAAUCUGAUGUAAAAACUGACAUAGAAGAAAGUUUAGUUUCUAAUGAUCUACUUUAACGGGUUAUCAGCGACUCCAACGCAACUAGCGGGGUUACUUACAUUAUGUUCUUGGUCCAAUAAAACCAUAGACUGUUAAGAUACAGACUGAACUUCUGCAUUUCUGGAUCAUUUGGUUGUUUUCCCUCUCAGUUUGGCAUGUGACCCAGAAGUGCUAGAUUGCUCAACAAAGAUCUUUCAACUGCAACCUGUGCCACCUUCUGUAGCAGAAAAUAGCUGCCAAAUCGUUUGUCUCCUUGCUCCAGUAGCUUGUAGUAUGGAGAUUGGUUCUUCAGGUCUUGCUCGGGCAACUUAUUUGUGGCACUGACUAUGCGCAAUUGAAGUGUUUUUCUGUUCAGUUCUUUAAGGUCUACAAAGGAAGCCAACAUAGAACUACAAGUCUUUCCAGGGU